AUGAAGUAUAGCCUUGCAGGGCUGAUCUUGUACGCAAGGGAAAAGCUGAAUAGUUUCCAUCUGCAAGCUGAGUACUGAGACUGUAGGGUUUCGCAGGUUCAUAAAACAGUACACCCCAGGACGUACACCAGCCUCGUGCUAUACACUGCCUGGGAUACACAGCAGGCCCCAGCAACACUGAGCAGGGUAAGCUGAUGGAUGGAUGGAUGGAUGGAUGGAUACUGUACACAAAUGUCAACAACCACUAUGGGGGAAGAAGGAGGCAUCCCCGCAGUGUAACCAGGAACGCAGGGUCUCCCAGGGGACCACUACCCUGCUCCGAAUGAAAUGCACCAUCAAUUCCUGGGAGUUUCGGUCCAUUUUCCAGUGCUGAAAGUGAUAAGGUAGUGAAAUGGAUCCGCACAAUAAAAACAGAAUCAAGAAUGGAUGUGGAGUCCCUGAGCAAGCCAGAGCUGCUAAUGCUUUUCAGUGUGCUGGAGGGGGAGCUGGAGGCCCGUGAUCUGGUGAUUGAGGCACUGAGGGCCCAGCAGCAGGACGCCUUCGUGCAGGAGCGCUAUGGGCGGUACCGUUUGAGUGACCCCUUCCUGGCCCUGCAGCGUGACACUGAGGCAGUCCGGGGAUUGGUUUCCGGGGCCGGGGAAACAGCGAGCUCCGCCGCCUUCCAGCCCAGCCCUAUGGCGGUUCUCCAGCUGGUCAUAGCCCACUCCAAGAGGAUGCAGCAGAAAACCGUAGCCCAGCUGGUUGCAGCUGAGAAGCGGCACAGGAAGGUCAUUGCUGACCUUGAGGAAGAAAAGCAGCGUCACGCGCAGGAUUCGGCACAGGGGGAUGACGUCACUUACAUGCUGGAGAAGGAGCGGGAGCGGCUGCUGCAGGAACUGGAUUUUGAGAAGGGACAAGUGAAGCGUCUGGAGAAGGAGCAGAAGAUGCUGGUGUGCCAGCUGGAGGAAGGUCAGGCCCAGAACGAGCAGCUGUCUACUGCCCUGGCGCUUGAGUGCCAGCGGGCCACUGCCCAGGCCCUGGAGGACAGCCAGCGGGUGGCUGCUCUGCAAGCGGAGAUGCAGGCAGAGCGGGAGCAGGCGACGCAAGCGCAGGAACGCUUCUGGCACGAGGAAGGCCGCCGCAGAGAUCUGCAGGCGCAGGUGGAAGGACUGCUGAGAGAUCUAGCCAAGAUGGCCGCGAUGCUGCCUGUCAAGGCCACCACCGUCUCCACUGCCACCCAGACAGAGCCUGGCGAGAGGCCUGCACCCAGGUCACCGGCUCUGCCCAAGAUAAACGGGCACCAUCAAACUCAGAGGGACGCAGAGGGGUCAGUAGAGAAGCCAGCCCAUGAUUAUGGCCAGGAGAAUGGGGUAGGACUGCGCUCUCCCAUCCACCCCCAUGCCAGCCUGUCACCAAGCAGCACUGCCUCUUCCUCCCUGACUUCCUCACCCUGCUCCUCUCCGGUCCUGGCCAAGCGUUUGGGUGGGGCCGGUGCCCUCAGCCCUGGCUACCAAUCCUCCUACCAGGCGAGCGUCAACCAGCGAUUUCAGGCUGCUCGUCACAAGUUCCAGGCCCAAGCCGAGCAGGAGCACAGUGCUGGUGGGCCGGCAUCUCCCCACGACCUCUCGCCAACUACAGCCGAGCACACGGCCAAGCAGUUAGCACGCCACACCGUCACCCAGGUGUUAUCGCGAUUCACCAGCCAGCAAGGCAGCGCUAAGCCAUCCGCCCCUAACAAUUCCCCCUUUGGCACAGACUACCGCAGCCUGGCCUGCCUCUCUCCAACUGCCAAAUCCUCCAGCCCCCUUUCCCCUGGGAUUAAAUCACCCACCGUUCCUAGGGGGGAGAGGGUGCAUCCUCCACCAAUUCCCCCAAAGAAACCUGACCUGGCCCAGUCACCAGCCUCCCCAGGCCCCCCUGGCAGAGCCAGCCAUUUCCCGGAGCUGUCAGGCAGCUGUUGCCUGACCAGCACUCAGGAGGGCGCCAAAGAGCUGGACCUCGUUGUGUCCUCUACCAGCUAGCCUCAUGCGCCCCCUACUGGCUCAAUCGACAGUUCCACAGCAAAUACUUUAAUUAGAUUGAGGAUGCAGAAACACUGGUAAAAUUAACUUUCGUUUUAAAUCUAUGACUUAAUUGUUGCAUCUUAAAAACACGGCAAGUUAUUGUGCUUUAUACAGUGGCAUGCGAAAGUUUUGGCACCCUUGCUUAAAAUGCCUGUUACUGUGAACAGUUAAGUGAGCAGAACAUGAACUGAUCACGAAAAGGCAUAUUUAUCAUCUGUCAUGUUUAACUUUAUGCCUUUUGGAGAUCAGCUCAUCUUCUGCUCACUUACCUGUUCACAGUAACAGAAAUUUUAAGCAAGGGUGCCAAAACUUUUGCAUGUCACUGUUUUUGGUGGGAACUGAAGAACUUGAAUCGAUAAGUUGAAACAAUAAGUAUCCAGACAGCUAAAUGAAUAAGUGCUGCCUGUUUGUCACCUUUAGCAAAAAGACAUGUUUUUCAGUCACGUGUCAGUCAGUCUCGGCUUCAUGUUAUUUGUAUGUAAGUUUGUUAUAUAAACAGAGGGUGCAACAUACAGUUGCCCUCUAAAAUUACCCAGAAGCCAUAAGCUCUGCACCACAGACUAUGUGGUAAGGUUCUGUCCUGUGGACUCCACAGACGUUGCGUCCUACUGUGGCAUCUGAAUUCAGUCCCCUCUGUGCCCCUUAAGCUAUUUGUGGGGAGGGGGGCUGGAUUUCUGUCCCUCUUGUCAACUUAAAAUGAUGUUAACAUGACUGUAAAUCGUAGGUGUCGUGACUAAACAUCCAUCUGUGUGAACAGAUUACUAAAUCCUGAUAAUCAGAGACAGUGACCAUCAGAGUAAAUAAUGGUUAAGCAGCAUCCAAGCGAACGGCAACUCAUGUAUGUACUACUGUAGCUAAAUUCCCCUCAAUAUAACAAAUUUCUAUGGGUGUGAACAGGUCCCAUCCCCAUGUCUCUAAGCCAUUGUUACUACCCCUUCCAGAAGUAUGAAGAGAUUCGAUCGGAUCAGAGUUUUAAAACUUACUGAACAUCAUAAUUUUUCUACUCAUGGAGUUUUAACAAUGUAAGUAUUCAGAGUGUGCAUUCGUCCUUGUUCUUUCUGGCCAUAAUUGCUUAAUUAUGAUUUAAGGUUUUGGCCCUUCGAAAAUAGCCACUACUGGAGUAUGUCCCCUUGCACUUAUAUGCAGCUGUUGUCAGUUUUGAAAUGUAUCGGAUGUUCUUGCUUCGCGCGAAUGCUGCAUAUAAGGUAAAUGAAGAGACAAAGUAAGACUCCAACUGUAUUUGUUUUCUUUUGUUUUGCAUUUUAGUAUACAGUUUUGAUGUAAAGGAUGUAUACUCAGUGUCUCAAUUACAUGUUGCUGAUGUCAAACCUCACAAACUGCUGCACUUACUGUGGUGUUUACACUUUAAACUCCAGGCUGUAUUCUCUAAUGUGCACACAAAGGAAAGCUUACCUUCACUUUACAUGGAGAAAACAAUGUGAAAAAUAUAUGUAGGCUAGUCCUUUAUGAGUGUAUGAUAGUGGCCUUGAUUUUGAAAUCUGGAAUUCUAAUACCAUCCAUGUCCAUUGAUAAUCUACUGAUUAUGAUUAGUCACAUCAUUUUUACUAAAAGCACAAUGGAUUAAAUAUGGUUAUUAAAAUAGCCACUGGAACUGCUGUUUUUGGUAAUUAUUGGUAAUUUGAUAUUAACAUUUUUAUACUUAGGGCUUACAUUGUCUUUUAUGACUGUAUGUAUAUGAGAUAAUCAGGAAUAUCUGAAUUAUACAUAGAUCCUUUUUUUGUAUCUUGGCGUCAUAAAAUAGCACAUUCCAAAAUACUGCUCAAAUGUAGGGUUUUUUUUUAUUUCUACAAAGUAUAUAACAUGGAAGUUUGUGUUUCUUACUUUUGUGUUUCUUACUUUUAAUGAAUCAUGUGGGAUACAGUGAUAUACUUUCUGUAUUAAGGCUUUACCUCACUGAGACUUCACUAUUCCAGUAUUUUAGGUGACGUUAACAUUUUAACAUUCCUGGAACCAAAAAAAAAAAGUAUUCCAGAGUAAAAUAAAGGAAUUUGAUGAAA